UGUAAACCUCAGAACUCAGCUGUUGCCAGGGCAACGGGGCAAUACCUGUCUCUCCCAAGGAGAUGAAGUUGCCAGGGUAACUGCAUCCUGUCUUUCCUGGGGACCAUCCCGGAAUGCGGCACCCGCUGGCUGUCACCAUGGCAACUGCCUUUUUGCCCCACUUAAUCCCAUCCCGUCUGCUCCGAGGGAGGUGGGGGAGGUGGAAAAAGAGAGAGCACUUGUGGACCAAGUUUCCUCUCCUCCCCUCCUCCGGCCCCUCCCUUGCCCAUCACCCAUCACCCCCGGGGUGCGGGUCCUCCGUCCCCAGCCCACGCAGGCCUGCAGUACCCCGCAUGGUAGGGCCAGGGCGUCCAGGAGCAGGUUUCGCAGUGGAAGGCAGGCAGGUGUUGGGGAGGCAGUUACCGGGGCAACGGGAACAGGGCGUUUCGGAGGUGGUUGCCAUGGGGACCUGGAUGCUGACGAAGGCUCGCGAGGCCGUGAGCAGCCACAGUGCCCCGCUCAGAAGCCCCGGGCUCGGCAGCCGAGCCGGUUCUCUGGUCGAGCUCGGCAGCUUGGGCAGGCGAGCGGCCCCUCGCUCCGGGGGCAGAGUGGCAGCGCCCCAGCUCUGGUCCCGCAGCCCCACGCCUCGCCUGCCUGCCCGGCUCCAGCAUGGCCACCAUCACCUGCACCCGCUUCACGGAAGAGUACCAGCUCUUUGAGGAAUUGGGAAAGGGAGCCUUCUCGGUGGUGCGCCGGUGUGUGAAGGUGCUGGCCGGCCAGGAGUAUGCUGCCAAGAUCAUCAACACCAAGAAGCUCUCAGCCAGAGAUCACCAGAAGCUGGAGCGCGAAGCCCGCAUCUGCCGCCUGCUGAAGCACCCCAAUAUCGUCCGACUCCAUGACAGCAUCUCGGAGGAGGGACACCACUACCUGAUCUUCGACCUGGUCACUGGCGGGGAACUGUUUGAAGACAUCGUGGCCCGGGAGUAUUACAGUGAGGCAGAUGCCAGCCACUGUAUCCAGCAGAUCCUGGAGGCUGUCCUGCACUGCCACCAGAUGGGGGUGGUGCACCGUGACCUGAAGCCGGAGAAUCUGUUGCUGGCCUCCAAGCUCAAGGGCGCGGCAGUGAAGCUGGCGGACUUCGGCCUGGCCAUCGAGGUGGAGGGGGAGCAGCAGGCAUGGUUUGGCUUCGCGGGAACUCCCGGAUACCUCUCCCCGGAAGUGCUGCGGAAGGAUCCCUAUGGGAAGCCUGUGGACCUGUGGGCCUGCGGCGUCAUCCUGUACAUCCUGCUGGUUGGGUACCCCCCGUUCUGGGAUGAGGACCAGCACCGCCUGUACCAGCAGAUCAAAGCCGGCGCCUAUGAUUUCCCGUCGCCAGAGUGGGACACUGUCACCCCAGAAGCCAAGGACCUGAUCAACAAGAUGCUGACCAUCAACCCGUCCAAACGCAUCACAGCUGCCGAGGCUCUCAAGCACCCCUGGAUCUCGCACCGGUCCACGGUGGCCUCCUGCAUGCACAGACAGGAGACCGUGGACUGCCUGAAGAAGUUCAACGCCAGGAGAAAACUGAAGGGAGCCAUUCUCACCACCAUGCUGGCCACCAGGAACUUCUCGGGGGGAAAGAGUGGAGGAAACAAAAAGAACGAUGGUGUGAAGGAAUCUUCCGAGAGUACCAAUACCACCAUCGAGGAUGAAGACACCAAAGUGCGGAAACAGGAAAUAAUCAAAGUGACAGAGCAACUGAUUGAAGCCAUAAGCAAUGGAGAUUUUGAGUCCUACACGAAGAUGUGCGAUCCCGGCAUGACAGCCUUCGAACCCGAGGCCCUGGGGAACCUGGUUGAGGGCCUGGACUUCCACCGAUUCUAUUUUGAAAACCUGUGGUCCCGGAACAGCAAGCCCGUGCACACCACCAUCCUGAACCCUCACAUCCACCUGAUGGGUGACGAGUCGGCCUGCAUUGCCUACAUUCGCAUCACACAGUACCUGGACGCAGGCGGCAUCCCCCGCACCGCCCAGUCGGAGGAGACCCGCGUCUGGCACCGCCGGGACGGCAAGUGGCAGAUCGUCCACUUCCACAGAUCCGGGGCGCCCUCCGUCCUGCCCCACUGAAGGGCCAGGCCGGGGCCGCUGCUCCCUGUGCUGCGGAGAUUCACUUCUGGUCUGUGGAAUGUGGCUGCUGGUUCUCCCGCGUGGAUUUUGCUGGAAUUCCCCCUCCCCAUCACCCACCGCCAUCACCUCUGCCUGCAUCAAGACACCUGCUUGUUCGCAAAAGCCAUCACAACGUCGGCGCGGAUGGCCAGGUCUCCCGCCUGACUCCCACCCUCUCUCGCCAGGGCGGGGCGUCCUCGGGCCUGGGUGCCGGGGGUGGCCCCACGCCCCGGCUGCUGGAGGAAGGCUGGACUCCCCCAGCCCUGUGCCCACUGAGGCCGGGGAGAGAGAGGGGCGGAGCAAGGGAGACACGGCAUCCGCCUGUCCCUCUCCCGGUCUCUCCUCCUCCCGGGUCUCCGGGGAAGGGCAGAUGACCCUCCAGGGCCCCCGAGCCGCCCUCCCUGAGGAAGAGGGCGAGAGAGGAGUGGACACCAGGCGUCUCCCGCCUCAAAUGCCUCCCUCGCGCUCCCCUCCCCGUGCCGACCUCGUGGUGGUCGACUGGCCCUUCCCCUCCGCGUGGGGGGCGUGACCCUCUCAGGUGCCCCCAUGUGCUGCCCGCUUCCUCCUGGUGAAGCCCCUCCCUCCCCGUGCGUUCGUCACCCUGGAGAAUUCCAGCCUCAUCCUAGCUCAGAGAGGGAAUCUAGUUGUUUCUUGGGCAAGAGAAAGCGACGUGUAGGUAUCACUCUCCUUGGACAGCAUGCCUUUUUAUAGCCGACUUCCAUGUGUUUCGUAAAUGGAUUCGCGUUCAUGGACAUGUAUGUCGUAGCUAGACCUCUCCAGCUGUCCCGAGAAAGGCGGGGUUGGGAGGGGGCAGGAAGAGGGGUGGGCUAGUUUUUUUCUGUUCUAGAUUCUCUUUUUGUUUUGCUUUUGGUCCUCUCUGAGUGGCCCUUGCCACCCGCGGUUCUCUGGGGCUGAGGUGUACUCCGUCCGGGGCAGAAGGGCCUCUCUGUCCCUUCGGUCCCCAGGUGAGCUGACACAGGUGUGCCCUCAGGACCACAAAGCAGCAGAGUCGGGAUAGCGAGGAGGGAGAGGCUGUCAGGGUGGGAACACCGAGCUUCCCUGCUUCCCUACCUCCUGGAUCCCGACUCCCGCACCGCAGGGACCCCCCCUCCGUGCUGUGGCUGCCCCUGCGCCCACCUGCCUCCAGGGCCUCACACGAGUAUGUCUUCGCUGCCUCCCGCCCUUGGCGUCCUAGGGCCAAAGCAGAGCUCUGCGGACUUCUGUCCACCACGCCUCCCCCUGCAGCUCGGUGCACCCUCUCGCUCUUCCUCCUCUCUGCCUCCCACCCCCCGGGACUGACUGAUGUGGAACACCUUGGCACAUCCACUAGGACCUACUGUCUGCACUGUUUUCUUUGCAUGACUUUAUAUGCAGUAAGUAUGUUACAAAUAAGAAAAGAAAAAAAAAACACUCAGCAAAACCAAUCUACAUGUUUUGGACAAAAAAAAAUAGAGGUUGUAUUCUCAGUGUCCGACUCAGAAUCAUGUCGCUGCCUCUCUGUGCUUUUGGCCUCUGUGUGGCCGUGUUUGCCAGCAUGAGAUACUGUCCCCUCUGGAGGAUUCUAGGGGAGGAGAGCCUAGGGUGCUCUGGCCCUCCCGGUGUUGCUUGGAGCAGAACUGGUGAGGAUGUUUGAUCCGGGACUUCCUGAGUCUCCCUGGUCACGAGCUGUCUGCUGGGCUCUUUUCUUAAGUCUUGCUGCUGCCUGGGCACAGGUGGGACAGGCUGGGCGGGAGCUGCAGGCCAGGAAGCAUGCUGCCUAGGCCUCCUGAUUUCCAAGCUGGCUCUAUCCUCGGUAGAGACCCUGCUGUCUGGCCCUGGGUGGGCUCUUAGCCUGCCCCCGGCCCAGAGGGCUUCCCAGGAAGGACCAGUGAUCCCAUGCCCGACAGCAGAACCGACUGUCCCCGUCAUGAGCUGCCGGUCCCCUAGAGCCAUCCCCAGCCAAAGGGGAGGAGGGCGUGGCCUUCCCCAGGAGAUGCUACAAUUGCUGAGGCGAGGCCUGAGCUCUUUGCAGCCUCAGUUCCCUCAUCGGCUGGAAGGGCUGAGUGUUCCCACACAGCAGAUGAAGAUCAAAUGCAGUGGCACACGAAGCCCGAGACGCCGGUGAGAACCGACGGGGUUGGCCCUGGCUGGCCUCCCGUUUGCUUCCGGACCUGGCCAGGCCUUUUAAUUUCCCUCUUUGGUGCCUGUCGACUGCUUAUCAGCAGUGGACUGCCGGGGAAGGAGCGGUGUCUGGGAUUAGUAGGCUUCCCUUCAAGCUGUGAAGCCUUCGGCGAGUCCUUUCCCCUCUCUGGGUCUUGGUUUCCCCACUGGAGGAAACUGAGCGGGAGGACCCCAAGGUCCUGCCUUUCAUUGGCCAACACGCCUCCUGCCCACCCUGCCCUUUUUCACAUGCUGGAGCAGUGGAGGCAGGUCCCCUCCCCCGGGCUGCGAUGGCCCCAUGGCGAAGGCCCCGCCUGUGGGGGCCCCGAGGGUGACCCUGAGGCAGCAAGCAGGGGAGACUGGCAGGCAAGCUGCCUGGAAUCCCCCCUCACCAGACAAACUCCAUGUUCCUCUGAAACAUCCUUUAGACGCAAAAAAGCCCAAGUCACAGCCCAGGCUCCAGCAUGCACCUGAGUUUACAGGAAAGUACUCUCCUGGGUUCAUGCCUGCCGAGUGAGAGUCCCGCCCCCGCCUCCUGUCUCCCGGCAGAGGGAGACCCCGUGGGGGGUGUGUUUGCCAGACUCCCCGUGCUGGUCUCUUUGUUACUAUUUGUUUGGGGUUUUGUUUCAGUUCUUUUUGUUUUUUCAUUUCUUUUUUUAAAAAAAAAAUGUGGCUGUGAACUUGAAUGACCACUGCUCAAACUUUCUGCUAUGGGGGGGCGGGAUGGGAAGAAGGGGUGUCUGUUUUAUUCUUGGUGUUUUCAGUGCAAUAAAUAGCUCCACACUCCUGUG